AUGGUAUGUGUUCUUGCCCAAAAGCCCUGUGUUCCUCUUGGCCAAGAACACGAUGAUCGCCACGAUGAGGUCUCUAUCCUCGCCAAGAUCGUUCGGCAGUGUGGAUCCAGCCACGAUCUCGACGCAGGCAAGCGCAUCCACGCCCGGAUCCGGCGAAGCCGUCACUGCCGUGACAAGCUCCUCGCCAAUCUCCUCGUGGAGAUGUAUGGCAAAUGCGGGUGCCUGGAUCACGCGAGGAUGGUUUUCUCAGGGAUUCGCCGCCCCAAUUCCUUCUCCUGGAGCGCGAUGAUCGGCGCUUGCGGAUCAAACGGCUGCGUGGACGAGGCCAAGAAGAUCUUCGACAGCAUUCCAGAGAAAGAGAGAACUGUGGCGUCGUGGAAUUCGCUCGUUUUGGCCUACUGUGAGGAGGAUGGGGAUUUGAGCAGGGCGAAGGAGAUCUGGGAAGAGAUGCCCGAGAGGGAUGAGAGAUCAUGGGGUAUCAUGCUUGCGGCGUAUGCCCAGAGAGGGCAUGUUUUGCAAGCGAAAGAGAUGUUCUCGGAUUUGCCACAAGAUAACCUCGUCUAUAAAACGAUCAUGAUCACUGCUUAUAGCCGAGCUGGGCGCGUUGAUCGAGCGCUCGAGAUCUUUGAAUCGAUUGAAGAUCCCAGUAGCGUCUCUUGGACUGCUAUUGUCGCUGCAUUUGCCCAGAACGGGCAAAUCGAACAAGCUAAAGAUUUCUUCAAGAGGAUGCCAGAAAAGACUCCAAUCGCUUGGAACGCAAUGAUCUCUGGAUUCUCCGAUCAAGGAAACGUUGUUGAGGCGAAAGAGUUUUUUGAUCGAAUGCCUCGAGCGGAUGUUGUCUCGUGGACAACGCUGGUGACAGCAUUUGCCCAUAACGGAGACUUGCUAGCAGCUCGAGAGAUCUUCGGCAGAAUGCCACAUAAAAACGUUGCGUCGUGGAACGCGAUGAUCGGAGCCUACACGCAAGCCGGAUCGCUCGAAAGCGCGAGAAAUCUCUUCGAUGGGAUGCCGAAAAGGAACAUCCAGUCGUGGAAUGCAAUGAUCUCGGGGUAUGCCCAACACGGGCAUGUAGAUCAAGCCAAGCAGCUCUUCGAUCAAAUGGAACGCCACACACUCGUCUCCUGGAACGCGAUGCUCGCGGCUUAUGCUCAUGCCGGUCUCUACGAGCUCGCGGUCGAGUUCUUCCACUCGAUGGCCCGCAAGAACAUUGUUUCGUGGACGAGUUUGCUCAGUCUUCACGCCAACCGUGGCGACUUAAGCUCCGCGCGGGCGAUCUUCGACUCGAUGCCCGAGAGGAAUCUCUGUUCGUGCAAUGCGAUGCUCGCCGGAUGUGUCGCCAAUGGAUCUAUCGGAGAGGCGAGGGAGAUUUUCGAGGAGAUGGCUCUCAGGAACGGGGUGUCGUGGAACACUAUACUGGAUGGCUACUCCAGAGCUGGAAAUCUGGAAGAAACGAAGUGGAUGUUUGAUAGGAAUCCUCGUGCUGGCGCUGCUUCGCUGGUGGCUCUGAUCGAAACUUAUGCUCGCCACGAUCGACUCGACGACGCUCGCGACUUUGUCCAGCAGUUCAUGCAAGCUGGAGAGAAUUGCGUGGUGUGGACGGCCCUGGUCACGGCUUUCUCUCAGCACGGACGAUUGAUCCAAGCAAAAGAGCUCUUUGAUCAAAUCUCCGAGAAGACCAUCAUCUCCUGGAACGCGAUGGUGGCAGCCUACGCUCAAAACGGGCAUUUCCAGCGGGCAAAGAAGCUCUUUGACGAGCUUCCCGAGCGGAGUACCUCGUCCUGGAACUCGAUAAUCGCCGCAAACUCGACAGAUGGUCGCUGGAAAUUCGCUCUCGAGCUCUUCCACUCCAUGACUCUGGAUGGAGUCCGAGCCGACGACAUAACUCUGCUGUGCGUUCUCUUCGCGUGCAGCCACUCGGGAUUGCUGGGAGUUAGCAGGAACUUUUUCCACUGCAUCUCUAAGGACUGGGAUGCUCUCCCUACUUUGCAGCACUACCACGCCAUGAUAGAUCUCCUUGCGCGGUCUGGUGAAGUUGGAAGAUCGCAAGAGCUUGUGGAAACAAUGCCUUACGUUUCGAGUUCUAUUGCUUGGGCGAGUUUACUGGGAUCAUACAGAACUCAAGGAGGCGAUCACAGGUCUCUAGCAAAGCUCGCAGCAGGGCAUGUAACUAGAAUAGAAGCCGGAAAGGCUGGAGCAUACGUUUUACUCUCAAAUACUAUAUUCUCUACAUAUAACUAA